CUCAAGUGGAUCUGAACUUGGGUGCUCUGUCAUAUCAGGCACAACAGACCUGAAUGAUUAGAUCCACUCUGAAUCGGUUUGGGAUGCUGCGUCGCUCCAAUGCCUUGAGCGAAGAAGCUUUGCCCGCAUCACUUGACCUUGAUGGCGGUGAUGAUGAUUGGAUUGUGCCAGACGAUGGUGGCCAUGCUGGCCAUGACCCCACUCAUGCCGCUACGGCUGGUCGCCCAGCUGAUGAUGCUUCUCCAGUAGAACGUGCUGCUGAUGAUGCCGCGACUGUGGUGCCAGAUCCAUCCCCACCUCGCAGGGCCAGACGAUCCAGGCCAGCUGCCAAGCCAAUGAAAGUGCCCCCGAAAGCCAAGUGGCUGUCAGUCCCUGUCCCAGCCAAAUAUGGGGGGCCUGUGAUCUAUGUGUUCAUGCCGUGCGCUUUGGCUGGGUCAGUGAAGGAGGGAUUCAACGAGGACCUCAAGGCGGCCAUUUUCGAAUAUGCAGAUUCAGCGGCCAAGAUCAAGCAGCCGGCAUUCCAGUACAUCAAGGCCAAGCUGCGAGUCUGUGGAUGGGAAGUCGCACACCGCCGCCCAAAAGACAUGACCAAGUCCACCAAGAAGCCACUGAUAGUUGACCCUGAUUUCUGAGUUCGAUCCUGGGUCCUGCUUUUGUCAGGUACUCAAGCUUUUGGUGGUGUUUGCGUAGUGAUAACCCUGCGCUUCACUCUCACUUACAGUCGCCCACUCCCAAAAAAACUGGCAUCACAGAAACUGACAUUGACAUUACUUGAAC